AUAUCCAAUAGCAUAAUUUACAUAGAGGGGAUUUUCUCUUUAUUUUUGCAUCAUCCAUGACCACACAACACACAAAAACCCACCACCUAAAAUCCCCAUAUUCUUGCUGCCUCCUCCCUUUUACCAUUUGGCGCUCCUAUCUGUUCUUCUCCUCCUCUAGAACUGGCGGGGGCGCCAAAAUUUGUGAGCCAUGAUUUUCAAAACCCUAAACCUAACUCACAAUCCCAUACCCAAUCUCCACGCGCCCAAUUACAAAUUCCACCAAAUAUCAAAUCUAACCAAAUCAAGCCUCCGAAUCAGAGGCUGCAAAAAAUAUCGCUCGAUUAUCACCAACUGCAGUUUUUCAGGCAGUGAAAUAGACGUGGUCACUGGAAUUUCUUCAGAUAAGGAGGCAAAUGAAGCUGCAAUGGCGUCAAUCGAGAAAGGGCCGUCAUUAGCUGGAGAUGUUUCAGAGAACAAAGGAGAGGAUUUGCAAGGAAAGGACAGUAUGUGGGAUCAGAUUGUUGAGAUUGUGAAGUUCUCUGGUCCAGCUGUUGGGCUCUGGAUUUGUGGGCCGCUGAUGAGUUUGAUUGAUACUGUUGUUGUUGGUCAGGGCAGCUCGAUCGAGCUUGCUGCCUUAGGACCAGGAACAGUGCUGUGCGAUUACACAAGUGCAAUGUUUACAUUUCUUUCAAUCGCAACUUCAAAUUUGGUAGCAACGGGUCUUGCAAGGCAGGACAAAAAUGAGGUCCAGCAUCAGAUAUCUAUCAUGCUGUUUGUGGGACUGACUUGUGGUAUCCUGAUGCUUUUAUUUACAAAGUUAUAUGGCCGUUGGGCGUUGACUGGUAAAGAGGACCAAUUCGACCAAUUCAUUUUACUCAUCAAUUAUUUUUUGGUACCAUUCUGUUCUAACGAAUGUCUCUACAUGAUGCCAGUUUUUACAGGGGCAAAGAAUGCUGAUAUCAUAACUGCAGCAAAUAAAUAUGUUCAGAGUGCUAAGACAUUACUUGAGUGGGAACUUGCUUUUGACCUCAAGGAUUGUGUUUUGAUUGAACUCUCUCAUUAUUGGCUAGUGAACAGUGUCUUUCUUCAGAUUCGAGGGUUGGUCUGGCCAGCAUGGCUUGUUGGAUGGGUUGCUCAAAGUGCAAGCUUAGGGAUGAAAGAUUCUUGGGGACCUGUCAAGGCUUUGGCAGUUGCGAGUGCCAUUAAUGGAGUUGGUGACAUAGUCUUAUGCAGAUUCCUUGGAUUUGGUAUAGCUGGAGCAGCAUGGGCAACAAUGGUGUCUCAGGCUGUGGCAGCUUUCAUGAUGAUUAGGGCUUUGAAUAAGAAGGGAUACAAUGGUUUUGCUAUCUCCAUUCCAUCUUCCGUUGAAUUCCGUCUGAUAUUCAUGCUUGCUGCUCCAGCUUUUGUGGCAAUUAUGUCAAAGGUAGUUUUUUACGCUAUGCUUGUCUUCUUUGCUACAUCAAUGGGUACAAAAACUGUUGCCGCCCAUCAGGUGAUGAUACAAUUAUACUGCAUAUGUGCUGUUUGGGGGGAGCCUCUUUCUCAAACGGCACAAUCAUUUAUGCCGGAGCUGAUGUAUGGAGCUAAUCGCAGUUUAGUUAAGGUGCGGGAACUAUUGAAGUCACUAGUCAUCAUUGGCACAAUAAGUGGGCUGAUAUUAGGAUCUAUUGGAACAGCAACUCCCUUGCUAUUUCCUAAAUUAUUUUCAUCUGAUCCUGAAAUGCAUAAGGUGAUUAUCCCUUUCUUCAUCGCACUAUGUGCUGCACCGCCUAUUAACUGCCUCGAGGGCACCCUAAUGGCGGGUAGAGACUUGAAGUUCCUCAGUAUAUCAAUGAGUGGGAUUGCUUGUUUAGGCGCACUCCUAUUGCUGCAGCCGACAGAAACUCCAGCCAUGAAUCUCAGAGCGCCAAUUCAAUACUCUUGCAACCCUAACCUCCACACACGCAGCAGAAAAUUCCAUCGAAAAUACAUCGUACCUGAACCCACUGUACCAAUACUGAAGCUGAAAAUAAAUCGGGGUUUUAUCUCCAAUUGCGUGUCUCCUAGCCAUGUAGUUACAAGCAAUUCCGAUCGAGUUUUGUCAGUUGAAGACGGAAAAGAAGAAACCAUAGCCGUGGUAGAAAAGGCGCCAUUGGCAGAGGACAUUUCUGAGAAUAAAAAGGAAGAAUUCUCUGAAAAAGAGGGUUUAUGGGGUCAGAUGGUUGAAAUUGCCAAAUUUUCUGGGCCGGCGGUCGGGCUCUGGGUUUGUGGCCCGUUGAUGAGUUUGAUCGAUACUGCUGUUAUUGGUCAAGGCAGCUCCAUUGAGCUAGCUGCUUUAGGUCCCGGGACGGUGUUCUGUGAUAAUACAAGCUAUGUGUUCAUGUUUCUUUCAAUUGCUACUUCAAAUUUGGUUGCAACGUCUCUCGCUAGACAGGAUAAAGAUGAGGUGCAGCAUCAAAUAUCUGUCUUGCUGUUUAUUGGGUUGGUCAGUGGUUUUCUAAUGCUGUUCUUUACGAGGUGCUAUGGUCCUUGGGCAUUGACUGGAGCAAGUAAUGUGGAAAUAAUAACUGCAGCAAACACAUAUGUCCAGGUUUGCCAUUGCCUGCAGGACCUAACUGGACUUCUUGCCAGUCUUGGCCGUUUCCGUGUUUCUUUGAUCAGUAAUUACUCGUUCUUCCAUCUUCUAGGGUUAGUAAACGAUAUGUUUUUACAGAUUCGAGGCUUGGCAUGGCCAGCAGUGCUGAUUGGUUGGGUUGCUCAAAGUGCAAGCUUGGGAAUGAAAGAUUCAUGGGGACCUUUAAAGGCUCUGGCAGUGGCAAGUGCUAUUAAUGGCAUCGGUGACAUAGUGUUGUGCAGAUUCUUAGGAUAUGGUAUUGCUGGAGCUGCUUGGGCAACAAUGGUAUCUCAGGUUGUUGCAGCUUACAUGAUGGUGCAAGCUCUGAACAGCAAGGGAUAUAAUGGUUUUGCCAUCUCUAUUCCAUCACCUGAUGAACUCUAUCAGAUAUUCAUUCUUGCAGCUCCAGUUUUUGUGACAAUGAUGUCAAAGGUGGCCUUUUACUCUCUGCUUGUGUACUUUGCAACAUCCAUGGGUACAAAAAUCGGUGCAGCUCAUCAGGUCAUGAUACAAGUUUUCUGUAUGUGUACUGUAUGGGGUGAGCCUCUCUCUCAAACAGCCCAGUCUUUUAUGCCUGAGCUGCUCUAUGGAGAUAGUCGAAAUUUACCAAAGGCUCGGACAUUACUGAAAUCAUUGGUGAUUAUUGGCGGACUAACUGGACUGGUAUUGGGAUGUAUUGGAACAUCAGUUCCUUGGCUAUUCCCUAAAAUAUUUUCCCAUGAUCCUGAGGUGACACUGGAGCUGCUGAGCUCAAAUGGUUAUGGCUUAACUGGGUGUUGGUUUACACUCGUCGGAUUCCAAUGGUCUCGUUUUCUAAUUGCUCUAAGGCGACUCACCUUAACAAAUGGGAUGCUGUAUUCUGAAGACUUUAUGUGUUACCAACUCGAAGAGUCUCACUACAAUCACAAAUCAUAA